CUGUUGUUUUUGUGUUUUGCAGUGCUGAGCAUCAGAGGCGUGCAGGAGGAGGAUCCUCCAGAUCCACAGAUCAUGCGUCUGGAUAACAUGCUGCUGGCUGAGGGCGUCUCUGGGCCAGAGAAGGGUGGAGGAUCUGCGGCGGCAGCAGCAGCUGCAGCAGCAGCUGGAGGAUCACCUAAUGAUGGCAGCAUCGAACACUCCGACUACAGAGCCAAACUCGCACAGAUCCGCCAGAUCUACCACUCCGAGCUGGAGAAAUACGAACAGGCCUGCAGUGAGUUCACCAAUCACGUGAUGAACCUGCUGAGGGAACAGUCCCGCACACGGCCCAUCUCACCCAAAGAGAUCGAGCGCAUGGUGGCCAUCAUCCACCGCAAGUUCAGCUCCAUCCAGAUGCAGCUCAAGCAGAGCACCUGCGAGGCCGUCAUGAUCCUGCGCUCCCGCUUCCUCGACGCCAGACGUAAGAGACGCAACUUCAAUAAGCAGGCCACAGAGGUCCUGAACGAGUACUUCUACUCUCACCUCUCCAACCCGUAUCCCAGUGAGGAAGCCAAGGAAGAGCUGGCCAAGAAGUGUGGGAUCACUGUCUCUCAGGUAAGGGGAACUCUGGAGUAUCGUAAUCUCCAACUGUUUGUUGGAGAAAACAUGAGAACAUAACAUCAGUAUCCUGCA